UCUGGCUUUAGGACCCAGCGUAGUCUCCAGCGCACAUGGCAGAGUGUGGUCGCUCCGGUACGAGAGGGGAUGGCAAGUCCGCUUCACUAUUCUCCAAUAUCCCCUCAUUCUGUCUUUCCUACUGCUCCACGGCGUAUCCCAAUCACAUGAGCAGCUCAUUUACACACAAACAUUAGCUGACACAUAAAGUGGUACAUUAAUUCCCCGAAUGGUGCGCGUGUAGCGUUUGGAGAAGGAGGGAAAAGUUGUUGACAGCUUCUUUCUGGAAAUAACAGUCUGCCUCACCUCUCUGGAGUCUUGGAAGUGAGGCUUUUUUUAUUUUUUAUUUUUGCAACUCGGUGUUUCCUCACCAAAACCACUGCUUUGACUUGUAGCCUAUUUUCAUCCUUCUGUCCCUGGAGUGAACAUCCUGAAGUGUGUGGUCGUGCUGCAGAAAUAACGCUGUCUGACCGGAGCGCCUUCCCCCGGCUUUACCCCACCAAGCCCGGGCAUCAUGAGAACCUGGAGGCGGCGGAAGAACUUUGCUUGUCUGCUCUUCUCUCUCCACGUCUGGUGCCUGUCCACGGCUGCAGAAUAUGCUGACAACAUGGUUUACAACAUAACAGGAGGAAGUAUACCUGGCAAGGCUGAGAAACAAGGAGGAGCAACCAAACCGCAACGCUAUGGGAUCACUGUUCCUCUGCUGCUGCUGCAGGGCAAAGAGCGCAGACCUGUCUGCCAGCUCACGGCUGGGAGUUAUCCUGCGUCACUCCAGCUGCUGGUACGUGCCGAAGGUGAACAGCUGAUCCUGUUGCUGGAGAAAAAUGAGGGUCUUUUUGCAAGCCAUUACACCGAGACACAUUACCGGGAGGAUGGAAGUGCAGUCACCGGUACUCACAAAAUCACGAACAACUGUUACUACCACGGCAAAGUGCAGGAACAUCCAAACUCUGAUGUCUCCCUCAGCACCUGCUCAGGUCUUCGAGGCUUCCUCGCUCUUGAGAAUAGAACAUUCAUCAUUGAGCCGGUGUCUGGCAAUGACAACUGUUCUCACUUCAUCUACCGAGGGGAGGAACUGAGUCUGACCCCAGGAGCCUGUGGACACGGCUUCAAUAUGUCCUCUAUUGCCCCCGAAAACCACAUCAAAAGCCCCUUUCAAUCCUUCCACACAAGGCAUAAAAGGCAUGCCCAGAAGACAACCAAGUAUGUGGAGCUAAUCAUUGUUGCAGACAACAGAGAGUUUCAGAAGCAGGGCAGGGAUGUGGAGAAGGUGAAACAGAGACUGGCAGAGAUAGCCAAUUAUGUGGACAAGUUUUACAGGGCUCUGGACAUCCGGGUGGCCCUGGUGGGUCUGGAGGUGUGGAGCGACUCUGAUAAAUGUCCCGUCACUCAGGAUCCCUUCACCACCCUGCACGAGUUCCUGGACUGGAGGAAAGUGAAGCUGCUGCCCCAGAGACCUCACGAUAACGCUCAGCUCAUAAGUGGGGUAUACUUCCAGGGCACCACCAUUGGCAUGGCUCCAAUUAUGAGCAUGUGCACAGUAGAGCAGUCAGGAGGCAUUGUCAUGGAUCAUUCUGAGAACCCACUGGGUGCGGCCGUGACUUUAGCCCACGAGCUUGGACACAACUUUGGCAUGAACCACGACACCCCAGAGCGCGGCUGUGGCUGUAGGAUGACCGUUGAUCGAGGAGGCUGCAUCAUGACUCCCUCCACAGGGUAUCCAUUCCCGACCGUCUUCAGUACAUGCAGUAAGAAGGACCUGGCUGCCAGUCUGGAGAAAGGUGUGGGGAUGUGUUUGUACAACAUGCCAGAGGUGAAGGUGCUCUAUGGUGGACAGAAGUGCGGCAAUGGCUACGUGGAGGAGGGAGAGGAGUGUGACUGUGGAGAGCCUGAGGAAUGCUUGAACCCAUGCUGCAAUGCCACCACAUGCACGCUGAAGGGAGACGCAGUGUGUGCCCACGGACAGUGCUGUGAAGACUGCCAGCUGAAACCUGCUGGAACCCUGUGUAGAGAGUCCAGUAACUCCUGUGACCUGCCAGAGUUCUGUACCGGUGCCAACCCUCACUGCCCGGCCAAUGUUUAUCUGCAUGACGGGCACGCCUGCCACAUCGUUGAAGGAUACUGCUACAACGGCAUCUGCCAGACUCAUGAGCAACAAUGCAUCACCCUGUGGGGACCUGGAGCCAAGCCUGCCCCUGGGAUAUGCUUCCAGCGAGUCAACUCAGCAGGGGAUCCUUAUGGGAACUGUGGGAAGGACUCCAAAGGCUCCUUUGCCAAAUGUGAUGCGAGGGAUGCAAAGUGUGGCAAAAUUCAGUGUCAAGGAGGCGCAAACCGACCAGUGAUUGGAACAAACGCUGUUUCCAUUGAAACCAACAUCCCGCUACAAGAAGGAGGACGUAUUCUCUGUCGAGGAACACACGUCUACCUAGGUGACGACAUGCCCGAUCCUGGACUGGUUCUCUCUGGUACAAAAUGUGGAGACGGCAUGGUGUGCCUGAAUCGGCAGUGCCAGAACGUCAGCGUGUUUGGUGUGCAUGAGUGCUCUGGGAAGUGCAGUGGACGUGGGGUGUGCAACAACAAGAAGAACUGCCACUGCGAGGCACACUGGGCCCCUCCGUUCUGUGAGAAAGCCGGCUUCGGUGGAAGCAUUGACAGCGGGCCAAUGCGACUGGCAGCCGACAGCGUGGUCAUUACUGUGGCGAUCCUGGUUACUCUGGUCAGCCUUCUGGUAACCACCGUGAUCAUCUUUCUGAAGAGGAAGACUCUGCUGCGACUCCUCUUCACCAACAAGAAGAGCACCCUGGAGAAACUCAGAUCCAUGGAGGCAAACAGGCCCGUCAGCCCCAUCAGGACUCAGUCUUUGUACAGACCCACACCACAGCGCAAGCCUCCACCCAAACCCUCCACAGCCAACAUCUACAAGCCAUCCCUCCUGAGCUCGGAGCCUCUCCUCCCUCCACACAACUUCCACUCUCACAGCCUGCGCCGCCUGCCGCUCUACCAGCCCCUGCACAUCAGCCACCCCAUGCCUGUGUCUCUGAGCGUGGGCCAGCCCACCCUGCCUCCUCUCCCAGCCCACCACAGGGUGCUGCCGGUACACAGGACCCUCUCACCGCCUCGAGUGCAGCCUUUUCUCAGUCUGCCACGCCAGAAGCCGUCAUACAGAGGAGACCAGGACUUUGAAAAACCCAGUCCACCCCAGAAACCCCUUCCUGCAGACCCUCUGGGGAGGAGCUCUCGGCUGGGUCACCGUGCCUCAGCAGCAGGAGUCCACUUCUCCGGAAAUGGACCCCUACCGAUACCGAUCCCCACAGUGCCCAGGCCCCCACCCAGCAUCCCUUUACCCAGCCGACCUGUGCCGGCGUUGCCCUACAGACCACCAAAGAUUCACAAGGACUGCUGAACUCUGGAUGUCAUGGAUGAGGAGAGGGAGACUUUUUGAUUUGCACUAUUAACUGAGACUCUGUAACUCUGACAUUUUGGACAACUACAAGUAUGACAGAGUCUCAACUGAAGGGGCUAAUGUCACACCUUGGUGCUAUGCCUCUCAUAGGUGCUUUGUUGUCCUGGCUCAGGUACCAAUGGACUAUUUAUCUAUUUAAGUAUUUAACUUUGAUUUUGACAAUUUGUGCACAGUGCACUCUGAUCCAGAGUGAGACGGAGGAAACAUUCUGUUUUGGACUUUCUUUGUUUUGUUUUUUGCAUUUUGGGCAAUUUUUAUACUUUUUUUCUCAAAUGAAAUGCUGAAGCAUAAGAUGUUUUUAUAUCAAGUGACGUUGCUUGAAUUAUUGAAGCACCAAAAAAGGUUUGGUUUUGGAUUAAUGUGAUGAAAAAAGGGAAAAGGAGCACAACACAUCAAGUUGUCAGAGAAGCUUGUGGGCUGUAGAGGAAAGUUUAUCUAGAUUUUGUAUAAAGUAUGUAUUCAAAACCAAAUACAUCAUUUAUAUUCAUGCUGCCAAGGUUCUACACGGUGGAUAUCAAAUCUUUGUGUUAUUGUUUAAACACAUUGGACUCAUAACAAAGCGGCUUAGUACAUCUAUAUUGUGGGAUUAACCUGAACAGCUCACUUUACAGUCUUACAGCUGGGCUCUUUUAUUUCCUUAUAAGUUCACUUUUGCAGAACAGAAAAAUAUCACAUAUUUCAGCCUGGCUCUGACACACACACAGCCCCUGAGGCUCCAGGCAUGUGUUGGACUCUCAACACGCUCUCUUGAUAACUGGCAGACGCUGCAGACUCUCCACAGACUGAUUGACAGACUGAUUGUGUUCCAGAGAAUUACACCAACACCAAACAAUUCAACAAUAACUGGUGUUUGUAUGUUCUACAUUAUGCUCACUUUGCCCUUGAGUGUGCGAGCCAAGAAGAAGAAUGACUUCAGCGCUGCGAGCUUUGCCAAGCUCCCCCCUCGACUGUGCGUGUAACAAGAUGUUUUACCGUAUCUGUCCUGUCUUCUUUGUUUUUUUGCCUUCAUUACAUUCCAUUUGGAUUUUGUAUGAUUGUUUUUUUAUUGUUUUACUCUGAAGUUAUUUAUAUCUUCUUGGGAUUUUGCAUCAGAUUCAGAGUUGCACUUUCAGUUAAGUAAUCCUUGAUUGUUAAAUGUUGUUGACCUACUGUUAUACAAAAGGGAUUCAACUGUUAAGAAAUGAACUUCCAAGUUCUUUUUCUCCAUGUCUGUUUUAUGUUGUAUCCCUUAUGCAGCCCUUGUCCUCUCACAACUGCAGAAUGAUUUAAGUCACUAAAACCCUGCAAACCUGUGUUGCAUUUAGGUAUGAGAGUGUGUAAUGUAUUUUGGAGGUGCUCAGAUGUGUCAGACAGUUGGAGUAACUGCUCUCCAGCAGAAAAUAAUUGUCAGUGCUGUGUCAGUUUGUGGUUAAAUGUUUAUACCAUCUGUAAAUUCUAAAUGUACUGUGUUUAUUUCCAUCACUAUGACAUGUUUAUAAGCCAUUGUAAAGUGUAAAUAUUGUAUGUCAGUCGCCAUUUCUGUCUUUUAUUUUUUGUUACAAGCACAGCAAGAACUGCUCUGAGGGUGAACCCCUUUAAAUCAACCUUGGUGAUGACAACAUGUUCAAAUUUAAAUUUAUAACUCUUAGGUUGAAACUUUCAGAGAAAACAUUUUAUCAUGGUGGGAGAGGAGGGGGGGUGGGUUGACGUAAGAGUCAAAUAAAGGUUCCUUUACGAGUGUUUAU